GCUUCCACUCUCUUCUUCUCCUGCCUGGACAAAGUACACAACACACAACAUAAUCAUCAACCAUGUCGAGAUCUUCGUCGCUGGUCCCCACUCUCGACUUUUUUCUUCUCCUUCUCCCUCCUCUCCUCCAAACCUUCCUCCCACACAGUGCACACAGACAUAGCCGGCCAUAAGUAGGUUCAACCUAAUAUAAAGCACCAAUGAUCUCUGCCUUUAUAAUCAUCAUCACAUUUCACACUUAUCAACCACUCGUGCUAACCUAACCUAACCUAUGACUUUUGGCCAUGACCAUGACCAUGACCUUGACCUUGGUCUUUUUUGUCUUUAAAGAACUAAACUCCCACUUUCUCCAAACGAUUGAAGCCAUCGUCUUGUCUUGUAUCGUUUCCAAUUACAAUUUUCAUCGCUUAUGAUUCAUGCUGCCAUGAAACCAGCCAGCCAACCAGCCAACCAGACAGCCCGCCCGCCAGCCAUCCAACAUUUUCAAAGCACAGCACGCAUUCGGGAAAGCCGGACACAACAUCGAUGAGUAAGUGAUGAGUGAGCAGUGAAAAGUCGGGGUCUCGGCCGUUUAAGUCUCUGGGCAAAGGCUGGGGACGAGGACUGCUUGUGAGGCUUGACUGUGUACAGAUGAGAAUUAACGCAGCUACUCUUGCUCUGAUCACUCUCCCCGAUCGGAUCGGCUCAGAUCAGAUCAGAGCAGAGCAGACCAAACCAGACCAGACCAGACCAGACCAGACAUCUCGUACUCUACCACAUAGCAUUGCACAAUAACCACACAGGACUGGACAGGACGGGGCAGCAUCAACGAACGCGUCCACAUUGCUCCAAAGUGGGCGGGAGAUGUUGAUGGCUUGGAGCGGGGCUUGGAGGGAUCUGGCUUAGAUGAUGAAUUAGAAAGUUGGAUGGCUUUGGAGCAAAGAAAGAAAGCGUCGUAUGAAAGCCCUCCAAAUUCCCUUUUCACUCAUACUGCGCCGCUUCGGGUGUGCUGAAAAUGCAAAUGAUAGAUUGACUGAUUGAUUGAUUGACUGACCGGUGGAUGGAGGCUGAUGCAUUCAUUGUCUGCUUCGAUUCCACUUUCCCACUCGAAUUGUUAUCAUCGUUACUCCGUCCAUCACGACUAUACUCGCACAUUACCAUCCUCACAAUCACACUCACACUUCACUCAAAUCACACUUCACUCAGAUCACACACUUCACUCCUCACACUCUCUCUCACUCUCACUCUCACCCUUCACUCUCUCUAAUCCCAAACCCAAAUCCCAAUCCCCCAAACCCAAUCCAACAAAUCCAACAAUCAAAUCAAUCUUCACUCGCACUUCACUCCACACACACACUACAUCAUACAAACAAAAACUUUAUCCUUCUUUCUCUAACAUCUGGACAUAAGAAAAACUAAAAAAAAAAUUAUAAAAAAAAUAUAUAAAAAACCGCGACAACAUCAACAUCAACAUCGCCAUCGCCAUCGCCAUCGCCAUCGACAUCAACAUCGCCAUCAACACCACCACCACCUCCUCCUCCUCCUCCUCCACCGGCACCGACAGCUCCACCGAGCACAUUUACAGGUAUUGGCAUUUUUAUUCUCUACACCCACCCACCCAUCCAUUCUUCCAUCCAUCAUCCACCCACCCACCCGUUCUGCGUUCCCAGGUGCUGGCUGGCAUAAGGGGUUAUCGUUAUCGCAAAUCCCGCAGCCCGCAGCCCGCAACCGAUUCACCGAUUACAUUCCAAUAUCCUUUAACCCCAUACCGGAUUUGCGCAAAGGGGCGGUCGGCGGUCUGGCUCUGCUUCUCGUUCUCGUCCUGGUCUUGUAUCGUGCAUCAAUCAAUCUUUAUUCACUUGAUUUGUAUUGUACAACGUUCAUUCUGCAGAGCAGUAAUGCAAAGUAGAUGAUAUAUAGUGUCUCUGUAAAGGGACUCGAGAGUUGCGUCUCUAUUGAUUUUAAUUUGUGUUAGUUAUUGCUAUUACCUGCCGUUUAUCGUUGUUUUUGUUAUUGCUUUUGUGCUCUCACCGUACCCAAUCGAAACAAUGUCCAGUUACCAUGGAGAUCAUGGAUCUAAAUCUAGGUCUAAGGUCAAACCCGUUUUUAAGAAACUGAUACAGAGCGAAAAGAAUUCACUAGACUUGGAUCGGCCAGCGGAGGAACAGCAAGAUGGCCUCGGAAUAUUUGACUAUGGCGCUGGCUACAGUUCCCGUUCCUCUCACGACAUUGCAUACAACAGUCGAGAAGGAGGCAGAAGAGGGUUUCAUGCUCGUUCAACCAGCGGCACAUCGCAAUUUUCAAUAGCGACAACAGGCAGUGCUCAGCGUUCCGGCUCGUUCGUACAUCCUUUCCAACAAACCCCGCGACCCUACACUCCUCCUUUAGGGACUUCCUACCAAAACUCAAUUCGCGAAAGUGAAGCAACAAACAGCAGCAUUGCACUUACCGAAGAUGAGGAUCAGUUACGGCAUACUUUCCGUAGCACAGCCAAUUUGUCAAAUCAAGCAAACUCAAUGACUGGUUCAACAAAUCCUAUGCUUCAGCAAACCCUCAGAAUUCAAACAAAGCUACCUCCGACCUCAUCAAGACUUGGUCUGCCAACAUCCCGUACAAGUCCUGUUCUGUCCCCUGACGUGACCUCACCACUCGACACCAUGUCGCCCACUUCACCGUCUAUCCGACAAUCUAUGGAAGGAUUUCGUCUUCGGAGUCGCAGUGACGUUGAUAACCGGCUCCGCUCGGAAACAAUACAAGAGGCACGUCGCAAGUUUCAAGAGAAAGAGAGGGCGAAAGAAGAAAAGGCAGCAAGGGAGGAAAUUCGAGCAAUGGAAAAGAAGCAGCAAAAAGAAGCAAGACAGAUUGAAAGGGGACAUCGUCGUUCUUCUGCUAGCGACAAUUUACCUACGCGAUCAAAGCGAUCUAAGUCUGAUCUUACUAUACAUGAGAAAAGUGAAGGAAUUUUUGGACAAAAUUACAAUACUGCAUCAAUUGCUGCCCCUCCCUUUCUCUCCGAGGAACUCGGUCGUGGUUCACCAAACAGAAGUCAUACUGCAAUGUCAAAUACCAAAAAGAAAACACAUAAUGCUUGGACAAAACUCAUGAUGUGGUUAAAGACUAGGUUCAUGCGACUGGGUAAAAAGUCGAGCAAAAAAUAACAAACCUAUUGUUAUUACUUGAGGGAAUAGAGAUUCAAAUGUGAAGAAAUCACCAAGCUCUUGGUUGAUGACCUACAAGUCUGAUACUAGGUAUUCUUCACAUCUCUAUUCCCCAUUUGUCCUCCAUGUAUUUAUUGGAUGACCAUCUUCUUACUCUCCUUAAACAUGAUUUUACGAUUUAUUUUGUCCUCUGGACAGGCGUUCGGGCAGGUUCAAUUUAUGAUUUAUACCAGAGGACCGGCAUCGAGCAAUUCGACAGCUUAUAUUUUUUCCCAUCACAUGCGACACAUCAGCGAGGCGUUUUUGGAUCAUUCAUUUUUUUACAGUACAUCCAAGUACUUCUUUCUGGGAACAGGGCCUCUGGUUAGGGAGAAUUUUACAUAUGGGUGUUUGAUGGGCUUGGAUUUUUUGCUUAUCGUUUUUCCUACCAUUGCAAGGCCGGAAUUGCCUUGCUUUGCUUGUUCUUCGCGUGCAUGGAGAUGGAGAUAUAGUUUGGAAGUGAGUUGCCUUCUUGCUGUUUGAAGGGGGGCUUCACUUUAUGGGAAGAGAAUGAUGUUGUUCUUAGAUGGUGGGGAUUAUUGGGGAACAAAAGAUCUGAUUUAUUUUUUGCUCGGCGGGGAGAGUUUGUGCCUAGCAGUUACUAGCACACGCUUCCAUAAAGCUAGCUUUGGGUGCGCAAUUGAUGGGACAGGAUAAGGUGGUUUUUUGAGCACAGAUAGAUUAGGAACAAUGGAGAAAACA